GAACCGACUUCCGGAAAGUUGUGUGUGCGCUGUGUCGCCUUUGCCGUGGUGUGCUCCAGCAUGGUGUUCUUCGCGUGCAAUGCGUGCGGCGAGUCCCUGAAGAAAGCGCAGGUGGACAAACACAGGCCGGCGUGCAGAGCUGCGCAGGGGCUGUCCUGCAUCGACUGCGGCCAGGACUUUUGGGGAGAUGCCUACAAAACGCACACAAAGUGCAUCAGUGAGGAUCAGAAGUACGGGGGUAAGGAGUUUGAACCCAGGUCCAACAAAGGAGACCUCAAGCAGCAGCAGUGGAUUCAGAGGAUUCAUGAAGCCAUGAACAAACCGGGCAUCGGUGCCAAGCUGAAGGAUGUGCUUAAGCAGGUUAGCUCCUACGACAACGUCCCAAGGAAAAAGGCAAAGUUUCAGAACUGGAUGAAGAACAGCUUGAAAAUCCAUAAUCUAGCCCUGCAUGACCAAGUGUGGGAGAUUUUUUCAGCAGCAACCGAUAAUACACGCAACACUCAGCAGGACGCCAAAGUGUCGGGCCCCGCUGAGAACGGCACUGAGAAAAUGAAAAUGCAGCAGAACAGCGGCACGGGUGCUGCACCGGAGGAGAAGAGCAAGCGAGAGCGAAAGGAGGAGAGAAGGAAAAAGAAGCAGCUGAAGGAGUUGGGAACAGGAAAGGUAGAAGAACAGGAUGAUCCUGCUGAGAAGAGGAAGAAAAAGAGGAAGAGAGGGGUGGAGGAGUCCAAAGAGGAAGGAGCAGAAAACAAGAGCGAGAACAACGUGGAAGAGGAGCCGAACACCAGGAAGCAGAAGAAACGUAAACGGGACACGGAAGACGUCUCCGAGGAGAAUGCAGAGAAUGACGAAGAGGAGCAGAGCCCCAAAGGUAAAUUCAACUGGAAGGGGACCAUAAAAGCAAUCCUGAGGCAGUACCCUGAGGAAGGAAUACCGAUGAAAAAACUUAGGAGGAAGGUCCUUGCUGCUUAUUAUGCUUUCAGUGGGGAAGGGAACUUCAGGUCUGAGGAAGAGCUGCUCUCUUUGUUCAACAAGAAGGUCAACAGUAAUUCCAAGUUCAGAGUUUUGAAAGAAAAAGUCAGACUUGUGAAAUGAGCUCACAGUACUGCUGAAGGUUUGCAUUCAUGAAUUGAGUUUCAGUUUUUCGCAACCGUUUAUACAUGUUUCCUGGAAUUACUCAGUUUUUUUAGAAUAAAAAAUAUAAAAAGCAGAAAUCUAUACUACCCUGGCCUCAUGUCAGAAGCAUCAGGUGACUUGCUUUUGAGCCAUUCAGUUUUGUUUUCCAUCCAAGUGCAACUUUACCCACAAGAGCCUUGAAAAUCAGCAGAUUGUUAUAAUUGUAAUUGAAUGACCACCAUUGUAAAAGUGAGCGACAGCG